GCCCUCUGGCCACUCCUCCCUGUCUGCCCAGUCAAACAAGAACCUCCCUCUUUCUCUUCUUUCUUCGCCUCGCCUGUCGGACAUCACCACACAAGCAGGACCCGGUGAAAUCACAUCUGCUACAAAAACGAAGCCUAUGAGUGGAGCCAGAAUGGAGGAUAUUGUGGUAGCAGGAAUUGCAGGAAGACUGCCAGAGUCGGACAACCUGCAGGAAUUUUGGGAUAAUCUCGUCAAUGGCGUUGACAUGGUAACAGAUGAUGAUAGACGAUGGAAGCCAGGACUAUAUGGGCUCCCUCACAGAAGUGGGAAACUGAAGGAUAUCAGCAAAUUUGAUGCCUCCUUUUUUGGUGUCCACCCCAAGCAAGCGCACACAAUGGACCCACAGCUCAGGAUCAUACUGGAGACUGCAUAUGAAGCUGUUGUAGAUGGAGGUAUAAAUCCUACUGCAAUACGAGGUACUAACACUGGAGUUUGGAUCGGUGUCAGUGGCUCUGAGGCAGCUGAAGCUUUCAGUAGAGACCCAGAGGAGUUGCUAGGAUACAGCAUGACUGGCUGUCAACAUGCCAUGUUCGCAAAUAGGCUGUCAUACUUUUUUGACUUGAAAGGUCCUAGUAGUUCCAUUGAUACUGCUUGCUCAUCCAGUCUGCUGGCACUGGAAAAUGCCUUCCAGGCAAUUCGUCAUGGCCAGUGUGAUUCAGCCCUUGUAGGAGGGGUCAAUCUCCUGCUGAAACCCAAUACAUCAGUACAGUUUAUGAAACUGGGCAUGCUCAGUCCUGAUGGUUCAUGCAAGUCCUUCGAUGCUUCAGGCGAUGGGUAUUGUCGAUCCGAAGCAGCUGUGGUUGUGCUUUUGACCAAAAGAUCAGCAGCCAAACGAGUUUAUGCUACAAUUGUUAAUGCAGGAAGCAACACUGAUGGUUAUAAAGAACAGGGUGUAACAUACCCCUCUGGAGAAAUGCAGCAGAAGUUAAUGAAAGCGGUUUAUGAGGAAGCAGGUAUCUCACCUGCUGAUGUGGAAUAUGUUGAAGCACAUGGUACAGGAACCAAGGUUGGUGACCCACAGGAGUUGAAUGGAAUUGUGAAUGUUUUUUGCCAAUUUGAUCGCAGGCCCUUAUUGCUGGGAUCGACCAAAUCAAACAUGGGCCACCCAGAGCCUGCAUCGGGAUUGGCUGCUUUAGCAAAGGUUGUACUCUCUUUGGAACACGGUCUGUGGGCUCCCAAUAUUCACUACGAAACUCCCAAUCCUGAUGUCCCAGCCCUGCAGAAUGGAUGUAUCCGAGUAGUGACUGAACCUAUCCCUGUGAAAGGUGGAAUUGUGGGUGUUAAUUCCUUUGGAUUCGGAGGUUCCAAUGUUCAUGUCAUUCUGCGUCCUAAUGUAAAGAGAGUUUCUCCUUCAAAGCCCCUGGCACUUCCACGUCUGGUCCAAGUAAGUGGCCGUACCCCUGAAGCCGUUGAAACACUGAUUGAGCAAAGCAGGCAACGCAGCAACGAUGUGAAUUUUUUGAGCCUGCUGAAUGAUAUUUCUACAAUGCCUGUCUCUGCAAUGCCCUACCGAGGUUACACCCUGGUCGGAAGUGAAAUGGAUGCUAAAGAAGUGCAGCAGGUGCAGUCUUCUGGAAGAUCACUUUGGUAUAUCUGUUCAGGCAUGGGAGCUCAGUGGAUUGGAAUGGGUCGCACUCUGAUGAAAUUGGACAUAUUCCAUGAAUCCAUUCUGCGUUCUGACAAAGCACUAGAAACGACUGGUUUGAAAGUAUCUGAACUCCUUGUGAGUGCUGAAGAUACAACAUUUGAUGAUACUGUGCAUGCCUUUGUAGCUCUCGCUGCCAUUCAGAUUGCUCAAAUAGACAUGUUGAAGGCUCUAGGUCUGCAACCAGAUGGCAUUGUUGGGCACUCAGUGGGGGAGCUGGCCUGUGGCUAUGCUGAUGACUCACUAACACAUGAGGAAGUUAUACUAGCUGCCUACUGGAGGGGGCGCUGCAUCAAGGAGGCCAAAUUGCCAGCGGGAGCAAUGGCUGCUGUUGGGCUGACCUGGAACGAAUGUAAGAUGCAAUGUCCAGAGGGAGUCGUCCCAGCCUGCCACAAUGCUGAGGAUACUGUCACCAUCUCUGGACCACAAGAAGCUGUAAGUAAGUUUGUGGCCAAGCUGAAGGAGGAUGGGGUCUUUGCAAAAGAAGUUCGCAGUGCAGGAGUUGCAUUCCAUUCCUACUACAUGGCUUCCAUCGCCCCGACACUUCUAAACGCACUACAGAAGGUUAUAACUGUUCCCAAACUCCGUUCUGCUCGCUGGAUCAGUACUUCAAUCCCAGAGUCCAAAUGGGGCAGUGAUCUGGCCAAGUUCUCCUCUGCUGAGUAUCACGUAAACAACCUGGUGAGCCCAGUCCUGUUCCAGGAAGGACUGCAGCAUAUUCCGGAUAAUGCUGUCGUGGUUGAGAUUUCUGCUCAUGCCCUGCUUCAGGCAAUUCUGAAACGAAGUUUGAAGCCGUCCUGUCUUAUUAUCCCUCUGAUGAAGCGAGGGCACAGCAAUAACCUGGAGUAUUUCUUAUCUCACAUUGGCAAAAUCUACGCAAGUGGGGCAAACCUGGAUUCCAACAAGCUAUUCCCACCUGUGGAGUAUCCAAUCCCUGCUGGAACCUCCUUAAUAUCCCCUCACAUCACAUGGGACCACAGCCAAACCUGGGAUGUACCCAAGACUGAAGAUUUCUCCUCUGGUUCUGGCGGGUUAGCAGCGGCUACAGUAUUUAACAUUGAUAUGAGCCCUGAAUCUCCAGACAGUUAUAUAGUUGACCAUUGCAUCGAUGGGAGAGUACUUUAUCCAGCCACUGGAUAUCUAGUUCUGGCCUGGCGAGCACUGUUACGACUGACUGGAGCUGUUAUGGAACAGACACCUGUAAUAUUUGAAGAUGUUGUUAUACACCGGGCAACCAUCCUUCCAAAAACAGGCUCCGUACAGCUUGAAGUGCGGCUUAUGCCAGCAUCAAAUAGAUUCGAGGUCUCUGAGAACAAUAGCCUGGCUGUUAGUGGGAAAAUAUCUGUUUUGGAAGAAACAGCCCUAAAUGACUUUAGAAAUCAGCUAAAUGCGAGUGCAAAGUUUGAAGAUACAGACAUGACUUCCUGCCUCUCUCCAAGAGAUGUUUAUAAAGAGCUGCGCCUACGAGGGUAUGAAUAUGGAAAAAACUUUCAGGGAAUCUUAGAAACGAACAAUGCUGGAGAUAAAGGAAGGUUGCUGUGGUCUGGGAACUGGGUGACACUUUUGGAUACCAUGUUGCAGAUGAUUGUGGUCGGGCUAUCGGGCCGCAGCUUGAGAAUACCAACGCGGAUUCGCUCUGUGUGCAUUGAUCCACAACUUCAUGAAGAGAAAGUCCAAGAUUACCAGGAAAAUAGAAAAGGUUAUUGA